GUGGUACUUCUGGCUGGUGAGGUUCUCAGACUUUUGCGACGUGUGAGGCUCGGGCCGGCUAAACUGCGGCGGCACGCGGAUUGGCCACUUAGAGUUUAGGAUUCGUCCGCCUCCGGACGCGAAUGCGAAGCAGCGCUCAGCUUGCCCUUUCGAGUCACUGUGAAAUGCAACAUGGUCGUCCGUUUAGGUAAUGACAAUCUAUGCAUCCAUCCGGCUGACGUGAUGGUACGAACGAGGCCAAGAAGAAGCCAAGACUAGAGGAAAGAUUGGGUAUAAGAAGGCAGAUGUACGACAGAUCUUGGAUUUGCAGCAGUUACACAUCAAUCCCGCAUACCGACUUUCCUACAAACUCUUUCCAAUUCACCACAGUUGCCUUUACAUCACUAUGGUCCACGUUGGGUCAGUUAUUGAGAUCGAGGCACCGCCUGAACGCGUGCGGGAAGUGUUUCUCGACUUCCCCAACCUCCCCCAAUGGACCACAUUCUUCAAAUCAAUUACGGUCGUUGGCCCGAAGCAACCCAUGGAGCUGGCUAAAGGAGACAACGUCAAGGUUGACUUUGGCAACAUGACAAUGACCGCUCCGAUCGAGGCCAAUACUCCGCGCCUCUUCAAGUGGGCCGGUGGAAUGUGGUGGCUCUUCCUCGGCGUCCACUCGUUCAGCUUCGAGCCGAGUAAGACAACUCCCGGCGGUACAACUUUCACAAACUCUGAAGAAUUCACCGGCCCUAUGUCUUUCACCAUGUUGAAGAUGAAGCCCUUUUUCGGGCAACAGACCGAGACGAACUUUGAGAAGGUGUGUCACGACCUGAAGAAACGAGUGGAGAGUUUGGAGGCGGCAAAGUCGGGGGCACAGUAGCGGCAUUUGGCAUAAGCGGCGCAUCAUACCCAAGGGACGGAGUUCUGUACUAUUUUGCCGUAAUGUUCAAGCGAAGUGGGAAGGCGGGAGGAGAGCAAUCCGAUGUAGCUAGAAAAUAGAGUUUGGCACUAGACGCCCGAUCGAUGCGAGGCUGUUGCUGGAAGCUCUUCGCGUCCUUCCCGCGCGUUAUCUCCCCGUCUUGUCUGGAACCACUCCACCAC